GGUGGACAAUGUGCUUGUGAAGCUGCACAUUUCUGCCCAGGGAAGGAGCUGCUGCUUCUCGUCUCCCUCUGAAUGAAGGCUGAGAUGCACCCGGACUGAAACAUCCUCCUUUGCCAGUCAUCAGAUAUUCGAUGGGAAGGAUUUGGAGAAAGAAUUCCUAAAAUGUAACAUCACUCGAUUCAUCAAGACUUGAACGUCACAGACUCUGGACGAUGGAAUGAGAAAUGUUUCUUUCUCCUGUCUGCUUCAAAAGGUUUUAAGAAUCAAUGUGACUGGAAAAGGAUUCCCAGAGACACACAAAUCCCUGAGUGAGAAUGUUUGAGUGCACCGGCAGUGAACAGAGCCAUAACUACUUAAAUAGCCUGAAAGACAUGAGUGCACAAUUCAUGGCAGAGAGAGACCAAAAAAUAUGUUGUGUGUGGAGACAAAACGCCAACUGAUUGUUAGGCCUGGAAAGGGAAUGUGAACACUCUCAGCAUGGAUAAAUCCUGGAAAUGUGGGCAAUGUGGGGACGGAUUCCGUUGCCCAUCCAAGCUUGAGAUUCAUCAGCGCAGACACACUGGGAAGAAGCCAUUCACCUGUUUCAUGUGUAGGAAAGCGUUCAGCACGGUCUCCAGUCUGCUGAGACACCAGCGCAUUCACACUGUGGAGAGGCCGUUCACCUGCCCGGACUGUGGGAAGGGAUUCGCCGAUUCGGGCAACCUGCUGAGACACAAGCGAGUUCACACCGGGGAGAGGCCGUACGCUUGCUGCGAGUGUGGAAAAGGAUUUACUCAGUCGUUCGCCUUGGUCAUUCACCAACGCAUUCACACCGGGGAGAGGCCGUUCACCUGCUCGCAGUGCGGGAAGGGUUUCUCUGAGUCCUGCAACCUGCUGCAACACCAACGCAUUCAUACUGAAGAGAAGCCGUUCAUCUGCUCUCAGUGCACGAAAGGAUUCGCUCGCUUGUCCGAACUGAAGGUCCACCAGCGGGUUCACACCGGGGAGAGGCCGUUCACCUGUUCUCAGUGCGGGAAGGGAUUCUCUCACCUAUCCAGCCUGCAAGUCCACCAACGGCUGCACACCGGGGAGAGGCCGUUCACCUGUUCUCGGUGCGAGAAGGGGUUCACGCAGUUAUCCAACCUGCAAGCACACCAGCGAGGUCACACCAGGGAGAGGUCACUCUCCUCCUCUCAGUGUGCGAAGGGAUUCAGUCGGUUAUCCAGCCUGCAGAAACACCAGCGAGGCCACACUGGGGAAAAGCCAUUCGCCUGCUCUCAGUGCGGGAAGGGAUUCUCUCGAUCAUGCAACUUGCAAGCGCACCAGCGAGUUCACACUGGGGAGAAACCGUUCACCUGCUCUCAGUGUGGGAAAGGAUUCACGCAGUUAUCCAACCUGCAGGCACACCAGUGGGUUCACGCCAAGGACAGACUGUUCACAUGCUCUCGGUGCGGGAAGGGAUGCUCUCAAUUAUCCAGCCUGCAGAAACACCAGCGAGGUCACAAGUGACUGCAGGAGUGUGUUCUGCUGUUGGUGCUGCUGCUCAUCGCAUUCAGGAACAAACCAUGUUUAUUCUGUCAGUGGGCAAAGUGGGGGGUUCAGAGGGUUCCAUCAUGCUGGACUGGCCACCCUCACCACUUUGCUUCCAGUGAAUCGAAUGCUUCAAAUGCCAUACAGGUCGCUGAAUGAAAGGAAGGUUUGAAAGUUCGACUAUCUUCAGUUUAGGUUUCAUUUUCUCCAAUAGCGUGACGCAUUGACGUUGAAAUGGUCAUGUUAGGCGGUUGUUUUGUUUACUCGACGUGCCUGCUUCUCGCGGGAGGAACUUGGAGAUUUGUAAAGAAGGCAGCUCAUUUAGAAUCGCUGAGGGGAAAAGAAGCUGGGAGGUUUGCUGAGCUCGGAGCUGGAGGACGAAAUCUCCAGUGAGGCUGUCGGUGAAAGCUACAGAGUCUUGUGGCAGGAAGCUGUCAUAUAUUGGGCCAUUCAGCCCUUUGAGACUGCUUCACCACGUGAUUAGAUCAUGAUCAAUCGGAUUGUCAUCUCCACUUCAUUUUCCUGUCUCAACCCUCAGUUUGGCCCCAAGGUGGUCAAAAGCAUCAUGCAGAAGGUGGAAUUGAGUCAGUAAAACUACUCUGUUCUCACUGUCAAGGGUGGAACGUUUAAAACAAAUUGCUGGAAAUCAGGAAGUAACUCCGUGUUGGCAGAAGUGGCUGGUGUUUCUCCAGAGAAUGUUGCACUUCAGUGGGAGGUUUCUAAGAUACCAGUCCUUUCUAAUGCAUUGACCACGAGUGAAACUAGAUGCAAGGGAUUCUGAAGAAAUUAUAUUUUCCAGACAAGUCACUCCGGGUGUCCAAGAAAGCCAAGAGAGAUUUUAAUUUUGAGUUGCUGCCUCAGCUGAAACCUAAAGAUUGUAACCAGCCAUGGAAGAGCUGCAGUUCUUGUGACGGUAAAAGUGCUUUUGUCCAAUCAGCUCUGACAACGCAACCAAUGGAAGAUUUGCAGAGAGGUGAAGCUCUGGAGAUUGUACGUAUCGGUAUUAGAUUAGAUUAGAUUACGUACAGUGUGGAAACAGUCCCUUCGGCCCAACAAGUCCACACUGUCCCGCCGAA